AUGUCGGACGCUGCCGGCACCUUCAAAGAGCUGGCCGAUGUGCCAAAGGAGUUCAUCAGAGAUGGCACACUAUUCAUCAACAGAUGCACAAAACCCGACCGAAGAGAAUUCAUGAAGAUCUCGCAAGCCGUCGGAAUGGGCUUCCUCAUUAUGGGCGCCAUUGGCUACUUCAUCAAGCUGAUACACAUCCCUGUGAACAACGUAUUAGUCGGAUAG